AUGAACAUUGUGAGAAAAGUCAAUUUCAUGAUACCGUGGAACAUAUUUUGGGUUCAUUUUUUGUUGUUUUCCUUGGAAGGAUUUGUCUGUGAAUUACCUCUUUUGAAAAGAACUCCAAGGAAUGAAUUUAAUGCAACUCGUCAGAAAAGAGAUCUCUUAGCAGCCGAGCUUCUGCUCAGCUCUACAAUAGAUUCCCAGGACAAUGUUGGUACUUGUGAAAAGUGUUCUCCCUGCUACAGUGCCUCACUUCAUCUGAGGUUACUGAAGACUGACCAGGCUUGUAAUCUCAGUUUCAAGACUGUUGCAGUUUCCUCUGGGGUUUCCAUUCAUGAGGCAUUUUCUCAGACUCAAAAUUCAUCACAAGGUUCUUGCCUUCAGGAUUGCCUUAAUGGAGCAGUUUGCACAGAGGCAGGAGUCUGCGACUGUGAGACAUUCCAGGCACAAGGAGAACGGUGCCAAACUGUUCCUAAUGCUGGCAAAGACAGAGAUGGAAUUUGCAAAUCAUGGGGGCAGCAUCACUUUGAAACAUUUGAUGGCAUCUACUAUUACUUCCCGGGAAAUUGCUCGUACAUUUUUGUGAAAGACUGCAGUGAUCCAGAGCCUCAAUACACUGUGUGGAUCAAUAACAGCCCACAGUGUGCUGGUUCAGUGUAUUCUUGUUUGCGGUCAAUCAGCUUGUUCUUCUCAAAUCAGGAGGAAAUACUCAUACUGGGGCAUGAAGUAAGAAAGGGUAGAAUCAGGUUGACCUUGCCCCAAACAAUUGGAAAUAUUUUCAUUGAGAGAUUAGCAGAUUACAUUCUGGUGAAAACUACAUUUGGCUUUUCCCUGGCUUGGGAUGGAAACUCUGGGAUUUAUAUUAAGCUGACUGAAGAACACAAGGGGAAGACAUGCGGUCUGUGUGGAAAUUAUAACAAUGACACAUUGGAUGAUCUCCUAAUACAAAACGAUGACUAUAAAGAAGAUAUUGCUAAAUUUGCAAACAGUUGGUCUGUGCAAAUCCCAGAGGAUGCAACUUGUGUAGCUACUGCCUCUGAUUUUCCUAGCCCCUGCAACAUUGACACAGAAUCUUAUGAGAACAUCUACUUCAAGUGCCAAAUACUCUUACAGUUUCCUUUUCUAAGCUGCCACCAAAGCAUAGAUCCUUACCCCUAUAUUUCAAGCUGUAUGAAUGACCUUUGUCGAGAGGAUGAUGAUGAAACUUACUGCCGAGCAGUGACAGAGUAUGCUAGAUCAUGUUCACAUGCAGGUUACCCAAUACGAGAUUGGAGAGAUGACUUCCCAGCAUGUACUGAUACAUGUGAAGAUAGUUUUAUUCACCGGGAUUGUAUCAGUUGUUGUCCACCAACUUGCACCUUUGAGAAAGAUUGUCUUGGCAGUAACCUCCACUGCCUCGAUGGAUGCUACUGCCCAGAUGGACUCAUACUGGACAAUGGAACUUGCAUUUCUGUGUCUGAUUGCCCUUGCAUUUAUCAUGGGACAGCUUUCCCUGUCGGCGCAAAAAUUGAACAGGAAUGUAGUAAUUGUAUUUGCGUUGGUGGCAUUUGGAAUUGCACUGAACAUGAUUGUCCAGCUGAAUGUUCAAUUGUUGGCGAUUCCCAUUUUACAACUUUUGAUGGUCGUCAUUAUACAUUCCUUGGGGUUUGUCAGUACAUUCUGGUGAAAGGCACUGGAAAAGACAAAUUCACAAUCACUUUGCAGAAAACUCCCUGUGGCCAGAACCUUGAUCAUGUCUGCAUCCAGUCUGUAACACUAGUUCUUGAAGAUGACAUGAGCAAGCAAGUGACUCUGAACCGGGGUGGUGGAAUUCAGUAUGUUUCUUCCAACCAGGGUUUUAACCUUAAUGGAUAUGUUGAAGUGCAGAACUUGUCUUCAUUGUUUGUGCAGCUGAAAACUAAAUUUGGUUUAAGAAUGCAGUUUGCUAAAGAUGGUGAGAGAGUGUAUAUUCAACUCGCUACUGGUUGGAAGAGAAGAACUUUGGGUCUAUGUGGAACUUAUAAUGGAAAUUUGAGAGAUGAUUUUCUUUCUCCAGCAGGAAUGAUUGAAGGAACUCCGCAGCUCCAUGCAAACGCAUGGAAGGUUUCAUCAGCAUGUCAUGUGCCUGUCAACAUCCCUGUGGUCGAUCCUUGUAACAUUAACCAACAAAACGUUGGGUAUGCAUCCCAGUGUGAUCUCAUCAAUCAAGAACUUUUUGCUCCAUGUCAUGUCUACAUCAGUCCAGGAUUAUACUACCAGCUGUGCCGCUUUGAUGCUUGCAAAUGUGGGAGCAGCUGUUUGUGCAAUGCACUUGCGCACUAUGCCUAUGUAUGCAGAAAGCAUGGAAUUACUAUUGACUUCAGAUCUCAUGUCUCAUACUGUGCAUUAGUGUGCAGAAAUGGCAUGCUGUAUCACCCAUGCACUUCUUUCUGUGAGCGCUCCUGUUCUUCCCUCUCUGUUUUGGAUGUUUGCAAUCAUGAUUGUGCAGAAGGAUGUAAUUGCCCUGAUGGAAAAUACUUUGAAGAAUCCAUCAACUUUUGUGUGCCAAUGGCUAGUUGCCGAUGUUAUUAUAAAGGCAGAAGUUUUCAGCCUGGGGAAAUUCUGCCUACACCAUCAGGCUCAUGCCAGUGUCUCAAUGGGACCAUGAGAUGUACUGAAGCUGCUGCAAUUCCUGCAGUUCACACAUGCCCUGAAGAAAAGAUCUACUAUGACUGCCGCUCUCAUGUGCCUGGCUUGCCAUCUGCUGGAGUAAACUGUGAGCUAUCCUGUGCAAACCUUGCCAUGAACUUCACCUGUGCUCCAUCUCCACCAUGUGUGAGUGGUUGCAUUUGUCCCCCUGGGAUGGCAGAGCAUAAAGGAAAAUGCUAUGUGCCUGACAGUUGUCCAUGUACCUGGAAAGACUGGGAAUAUAUGUCAGGUGACGUCAUAGCAACCCCUUGUUAUACAUGUGUUUGUCGACGUGGGAUGUUUAAUUGCACUUACUAUCCUUGUCCUGCUGUGUGUACAGUCUACGGGGACCGGCAUUAUUAUACCUUUGACGGACUAGAGUAUGAUUAUGUCAGUGACUGCCAGGCUUAUUUGGUAAAGGGUGUUGGCAAUUCAAACUUGUCCAUAAUCGUUCAGAACAAGAAGUGCUUUGAUAAUGACAUUGUUUGCUCAAAGAAUGUUUUUAUUUCUGUUGGAGAUGCUGAGAUUUUUUUAAGUGAACCCCCAGAUGUACAGGUAAGUUCUGGCAUCAGGUUGGAGUACAAAACCAAAUAUCAACUUUGGAAGGCUGGAUAUUAUACAGCAGUGCACUUUCCAGAGCGAGAGAUCACAAUACUGUGGGAUAGAAAGACAACAAUGCACAUCAAAGUUGGAGCUCAGUGGAAGGGUAAAUUGGCAGGAUUGUGUGGGAAUUUUGAUAAAUUCACAUCAAACGAUCUGACUACAUCCAACAACAUGGAAGUAAGAAAUGCUCAAGUUUUUGGAGAGAGCUGGACAAUAGGACAGUGUGCGAGCCCAAAUGAGACCAUUAAACCAUGUGAAGUUCAUCAAAGCAAGUUCCCUUAUGCCAAAAAGGAAUGCUCAAUUUUGUACAGCGACGUUUUUGCCCCCUGUCGCAAUGUGAUUGAUGUGACGUCGUUUGUCAAAAACUGCCAUACAGACACAUGCAACUGUAAUCUCGGUGGAGACUGUGAAUGUCUGUGUACAAGUAUUGCAGCUUAUGCUCACAAAUGCUGCCAGCAGGGUGCAGUAAUUCACUGGAGAUCUCCUUCUCUCUGCCCUUAUGACUGUGAUUAUUACAACCAAGGGCUUGGAGAAGGACCAUAUAUUUUGGCCAGCUAUGGUCAGAAUGACACUGUUAUAGGAGUCAACAUCACCAGCAAAAUGAUAUUUCCUUUGCCUAGAAUCAGUAUGAAUGGAAAUGUGUACUUCAAUUUUAUGUUAACUCCUGGACUUUUCAAAGACAAAAUAUUAUCUCCAUCUCUGGUUUCACUCGAAUCUGCUGAAAGGCCAAACUACUUUCUGUAUGUCCAUGAAGACGAAAGCGUUUGCUUAGAGCAGUGGGAUGCAAGCUCAUCAUUUCGUAGAAGGGUGACUUUUUUCCAUCACCAGGGCCUUUGGAUCCCAGGUUACAGUGCAUUUGAACUGCAUAGCAAGAAAGGUUUCUUCAUUAUACUCAGCGCAUCUGCUGUGAAAGUAUCAAAGUUUGACGAUUCUGAAGAAUUCAAAUGCUCAAGCAGCUUCAGUAUAGAGGAACUCCGUACUGCAGUACCGUACAGGAGGAUGUGUGAAUGGAGAUAUGAACCUUGUACAAGCCCUUGUGUUAAAACUUGCAGUGAUCCUGAAGGAAUUGCAUGUAAAUUUCUUCCACCGGUUGAAGGAUGCUUACCAUACUGUCCGAAAGAUAUGAUUCUCGAUGAAGUCACACUUAAAUGUGUCUAUCCAGAUGACUGCAUACCUGUGAAGCCUACAGAACCUUCAUCUGGGACAAAGCCACUGAGAACAAGGCCUACAGAACUAAGCACCCAUGUAGUAGACACAAAGGAAACAUUUUCUCAAAUGCCUUCUGUAUUUGCCAGUGAAGGGGUUGAGCCAACGCAUACUAAUCUAACUGUGAAAAUGACAACUGAAAGAGUAGCAACUACAGAGAGAAUGCUUACAGAUCUUCAUUCAGUAUCAGCAUCUUUGCUUUCAGUCCCAGUACGUUUUCCUGAAGAAAGCUACAGUACUACAACCCCACCUGUACUACUUGGAUCUGAAUCCCCAGCAGCUUUUCCAACUACUUCAGAAGCCCCAAUAGUUACUGUAGUAUCCUACAGUACAAGUCCUACUUCCUUUUUAUCAUUAUCCCCUGCAACUACAGCAUUACCAUUAAUAACCACAUCAUCUAUACCAUUAGGCUCUAUAGCCUCUUCUACCACAUUAGCUUCCUUACCGGUUGGACAAAGUUUUGCUUCUACUGAAAUACCUACAAGCAUCUUGAUGACUAGCCAUUCUCAGGUGCCAGUAGCUGCAGUGACACAAUCUUUAUUUACUGAAAGAACAACUCUUCCAAGUCCCAUGUUAGUCACAGGUCAACCACUGACAUUUACCAUGACCUCAGGAACUAGGCCCUAUCUGUCUGCACUUACAACCGCUGUGUCCCCCAUCCCGUUAUUUACUUCUAGAUUUACUGCAUUUGCUACAAGUCCUCUUUAUAGUGCCUCAGCAACAAUUCGACCUGACUCCAAAACAGUAACAAAAACAUUGCUGCCUACAUCUGCAUUCUCACCAAAAGCACUUCUGACACCUGAACAUAUUGCUCCCUUAACCUCAAAACAUUUUUCUACUCUCUCAGAUACAGUUAGUAGAGCAUCAUCUUCAGUGUCUACACAAAGUCCUACAAGCAAAUGGUCUUCACUGGGUCCCAAAGUGACGCACGUAAUGUCUACAUUAGUGCCUCCUCCAAUUACAUCUCAAAGACCCAAAGCAACUGGGGAAGUUACAAUUGUCUCGAAGAGCUUUCAUAUAGGACCUUCCACACUUUCUCUUCCAGGUAUCCCUCAAACUUACCAAUCAUUUUUAACCGGUACAGUUCAGACAGCAAGUAAACACACAUUGCACACAGACACAUCUCCAGAGUCAACUGUUUUUAUAAGUUCAUCAAAGUUUGCUGGCACUAGGGUUUUGCCUAGUAGUACUUCAGUGUUACCUAUCAAGGUUUCAUAUGAUACAGCACAAGCAACAUCUAAAACAAGCGUCCAUACAUUUGGCCCACAUACAGAAUUAAAAACUGUGUCUAUAGUUAAAAGUGAAGAUUCUUUUACUACUUCUGCAGAGUUUCCAGAUGCCUUAUCUGUUUUUACAAGUCCAUCCAGGUUACUUACAGUGUUAACAACAAGAUCUUCUACUCCUCAGAUCUCUGUUUCAGCAUCUCAUUCUGAAAGUUCAUCAAUGAUUCCAUCAGUUAGCAUCACAUCUGCUGUAGUCCCAACUAGCAUUCACAUACAAAUGCCAAUUGUAUCGCUUGGUGAACAUACUACCUCAAGAAGACCAAGUUCAUACCCUGCAGCCUCUCCUUCAUCUUCAUCUUUUCCUUUGUUAACUGCAACUACAGAUAUUCCAACAAUACACACUACAUCGUUGCUUCCUUUGAAGAUCUCUGAUAUGCCUACAUUAUCUUUGGGAACUAGAAGUUCCUCUUCAACUUCUUCAGUGGACAAUAGAACAUUAUCUUCAUUAGUAAGUGUAUUCAGCACUCAGUCUGUGGAGCCAACACAUACUAUGGCAUUGCUUUGGAAUAUUACAACAGUCCCAGAAGAUGUCACUGAAAAGUACUCCCUUAGUUCCUCUGGCAGCCCAAUAGUUCCUACUAAAACUGCACAAGUGACUGAACUCUCUCCUAGCCAUUUUGAACUUUACACAUCUACUACUUCAAUCCCAGUUUCUACUACCUCCCAAACACUUACGCAUGCCCCGGACUUCACUUUGUUCACACCCAAAUCUUCCACAGAAACCUUCAGAACAAUACCCAUAAAAAUGGAUGAAGCGACUACCUCAGGUUGGAUAGAGCUGGGAAGGACACAGGCUUCAGAACUCCAAAAUGCAACCACUUUUGAAAACACUUCAUAUGCCUUAGAAAGUAAUCAAACCUCAGCAGUGCAAGAAGACAUCACAAAGCAUGCAAGCACUGAGGGGCCAUCUCUGUUUUCCAUUCAGAUGACUCUGUCUGUCAAUGAAAGCAGCACAGCUUCCAUGAAACCAGCCUCUCCCUCUGAGGUGACAGAUAUAACAAUAUCCGAUUGGUCUAGAGUUCCGCCACCCAAAUCAAUUAAACCUUACUACAGCGUGACUGAACCGGAGCAAGUGAGAAUCACCAGCUUGCAGAAUGUCACAAUAACAGAUGCAUCUCGCUCCCCAGCAGAGCCGUUGGGAACCCAAACAUUGCAGGCUGAAAUGGAAAUGAUGACAACAGAGAGCGCAGAAUAUGCUUCAUUUGGCACAAUGAUACACACAUUCAUAUCUGCAACAUCCACAGAAUGCACGCCAAGGUAUCUUGAUCCAGUAGACAGUUGUAGUCAGUAUGUGUGCAUUAAUAUGGGAUGGAUGCUUUACAAUCUCUCGAGGAACUGCCAUAAGAAUGUGGAGAAGCCUGACUGUGGUUUUCGAGGAAUGCCAGUUCAGAUCAACAGUGACAGCUGCUGUCCAGAAUGGGAAUGCCCUUGUCAGUGCUCUGUACUCUCUGAACUGAGCAUUAUUACAUUUGAUGGAAAUAACGUAGCACUGUAUAAAGUAGCCUCUUAUGUUUUAGUCAAGCUACCUACAGAAAUCAUUGUGGCUCACAUUGAAAAAUGUCCCACUAAUCAGAGUGCCAAUUCAAUAAGAAAACUAGCUCCAUCUGAAAGUGCUUCGGGUCUCUGUUUUAAGAAACUUAACGUAACAACAUCUUCAUAUAAAGUACUUAUCAAUCGUUUAGCAAGAAAGGUGGUUGUGGAUUCAGCAAUUCAGCCUUUGCCUUUCUCCAGACAUGGCUUAUGUAUUCAAGACACUGGUGCUAUGUAUGUAAUCAAUACACCAGCUGGCAUCAACAUUAAGUGGGCUCAUGUUACGGGCAUUAUAGAUAUCCAGUACGGCUUCCACUCUAAUACAUCUACCAAGACUGAAGGACUUUGUGGUGUCUGCAAUGGUGAUCCAAUUGAUGAUCUGAAAAUGCAAAAUCGGACAAUAAUUACAAAUAUGGAAGAAAUUGAGGCUUUCAUUAAGAGUUGGGAAAUUGAAAAAUCUGUUGAUGUAACAACAAGGAGACCUGUAAGAAACUGUACCGAAGAUAACUGUACAUAUUGUAUGGAACUCUUGCAUAGAUGGGCUUUUGCCCCCUGCCACAAAAAAGUUCCACCACAAGACUUUUGUGAGAAAAUGUGGAUCAACAAUACUUAUUUUUGGAAUUACGAAUGUGAUGCUCUUUCUGCAUAUGUAGCAUUGUGCAGCAAACAUAAUAUUUGCAUUAAAUGGAGAACACCAGAUUACUGUUCACUCAGUUGUCCUGAUGGGAAAGAAUACCAGCCUUGUGUGCAACCUUGUGCUGCCAAAACAUGCCUAAAUAAAUGGUUCUAUGAAGAAUCGCCAUGUUCCUACUUAAGAGAAGACUGUGUUUGCAAAAAUGGGACCAUCCUUCAUAGAACAGACUCUGACCUCUGCAUUCCAGAAGAAAAAUGUGCCUGCACUGACAAUGAAGGGCAUCCCCGUUCUGCUGGAGAGGUUUGGAAUGGCUCCAGUAAAGGAUGCUGCAUGUACAAGUGCUUGGAGAAUGGGAGCAUUAUUGCUAUAGAGCCUGACUGCCAUCAAGGGCCACCUCCGAAAUGUGAGCGGGAGGGUGAAGUGAUUAUGAAUGUCAUUGAAGAACGAGCUUGCUGUCCAAAGAAAGUCUGUGAAUGCAACAUGACUGGAUGUGACCCUGCUACUCCAACGUGUAAAAGUGCUGAGAAGUUGGUAGUGGGAUACAGUCCUUCUUCCUGCUGCCCUCAGUAUCGAUGUGAAUGCAAUCCAUCAGCAUGCCCCAAUACUUCCCGUCCAGAAUGCAGAGAAGACCAGUUUAUUGUUGAAGUAAAACAGGAGGAUCCUUGCUGUUUCUCCUAUCUAUGUGUUUGUGAAUCCUGCAUUGAGCCUAUUCCAUUAUGUAAUGAAGGGGAAAUGCUCACUGUAGAUCUCAGUACUACACACUACUGUUGCCCUCGUUACCACUGUGUCUGUGAUGAGAAUCUCUGUCGCUUGCCUGUUCUGAAUUGUUCUGUUGAUAUGAAAUUGGUGAAGAAAAGAGUACCUGGACAUUGCUGUCCAGACUGGAGCUGUGAAUGUGACUGUGAAAAUGCUUCUGUACCAGCUUGUAAAGUGGGAGAAGUUCAGAGGAUGGAUGCUAAUGCUUCUAGCGCAUGUGGAUGCCCACAGUAUACUUGUGAAAAGGAUAAUGUCUGUGUAUUCCAAGAAGUAACUGUAUUGAAUCCUGGUCAGUCUAUGAUUCAAUAUUUGGAUGGAGAUCUUUGCUAUACAGCAAAGUGUUCACAAGAGAGAGACCCCAGCACAGGAUUUCAUGCCAUGGAUUUGAUAGUAGUUAACUGCUCCCAAAAAUGUGAAGCUCACCAAGUAUACAUUCCUUCUCCUAGUCAACACUCUUGUUGUGGUUCCUGCAUAAAUGUGUCAUGUACUUUCUAUACUGGUAAUGGAACCUUAGUCAUGUAUGAAGAAGGAAGCACAUGGGACUUAAAUUGCACUAAAUACGAAUGUGCAAAGACUGCUAUAGGUGCAAUAGUACUUGGAUCCAGUGUCAUUUGCCCACCCUUUAAUGAGACUGAAUGUACAAAGAAUGGAGGCACUGUACAGAUGUAUAAUGAUGGCUGCUGCAAGACCUGCAAAAGGGAUGAAAGGAUAUGCCAAAAAGUCACAGUCAGAACAACUAUAAGGAAACAUGACUGCAUAAGUCGAAGUCCUAUUAAUGUGGCUUCUUGUGAUGGAAAAUGUCCAUCUGCUACUAUUUUUAAUGUCAACAUUGAUAGCCAUUUAAGAUUCUGUAAAUGCUGUCGUGAAAAUGGACUGCAGAAUCUAACCGUGCCACUCUACUGCUCAGGAAAUGGCACUGAAAUUAUGUAUGUCAUCCAGGAGCCUACAGACUGUACAUGCCAGUGGAAUUAAGAGUUGUAUAAAUUUUAUUGAAGAUUGCAUUCAA